GAUAUGAUACUGAUGGAGGCUCAUUUUUUUCGUUUUUCAGUGACAACUUUCUCACCAGUUGUUUGUAAGUUUCCUGUGUAACUUUGUAAAUAUUGCAAAAUGGAUUUUACAGCCAAACAUGGGCUGGUGCUGCUCGAGCAGCUGAGGAGGAUGAGGGAGACUGGGCAUCUGACAGAUGUGGUACUGGUGGCUGAGGGCAUCAGCUUUCCCUGUCACAGAGUUAUUCUAUCUGCCUUCAGCCCUUACUUCCGUGUUAUGUUCACAUGUGGCCUGCGUGAGUGCAACAACAGAGAAAUAUUCCUGCGUGACACCUCCGCAGAUAGCUUGGCUCUCCUCUUGAACUACAUGUACUGCUCAGAUCUUCCUCUCACUAACGCCAAUGUACAAGGCAUUUCGAUUGCAGCUUUUCUCCUGCAGAUGGAUGACGUCUUUGAUCGCUGUCAGCAGCACAUGACCGAGAACAUGGAUGCCUCUAACUGCCUUGGUGUGUAUUACUUUGCCUGUGACCUUGGUGCAGAGGAACUGGCUGACCAUGCUAAACGGUUCUUGAGGAAACAUUUUGUUCAAGUCUGCCAGAAUGAGGAGGUCCUGGAGCUUGAGUCCCAUCAGCUGGGGAAGCUCCUGACUUCUGAUGACCUUAAUGUUUCCCGUGAAGAGACCAUCCUGGAUGUAGUCCUUCGCUGGGUGAAACACAGUGCUCUGAUGGAAGGAGAAUUACGAAUUCGGCACCUUCCAGAGCUCCUGAAGAAGGUUCGCUUGCCACUAAUAAGCCCUGACUAUUUAAGAGAGGUGAUGAAGAGAAAUAUGGCCCUGCUGGCUGAUGCUGAAUGUCUUGAGAUGCUGAAUGCAGCCUUGGAGGCCACAGCGAUUCAUCCCUCAGCUGCACCACACAAACUAAAGCUGCGGUACGGCAUGGAGACCACAGAUCUGCUGCUCUGUGUCGGAAAUGACAGUGGUGGGAUUAGGUCAAGAUAUGGCAGCUAUGCCGAGCGCAGCUUUUGCUACACCCCAUCCACAGGCCAAACCUACUACAUCACCUCACCUCGCUAUGGAAAGGCUCUGGGGUACGUGUGUGCUGGGGCUGUGACCGAAAAAAAUGUCAUUGUUGUGGCAGGAGAAGCAAGCACACGCAGAAUGUCCCAACAGAAGGAUAUAAAUGUUGAGAUCUACAGGUAUAAAGAAGAAGCCCAAGGAAGCUGGGAGCGCCUGACGUCAGCAGAGUACCGUGAUUCAUAUGCUCUGGGAUCACUGGGUGACACUCUGUACCUGCUGGGUGGACAAAUGAAGCUGAAGAACCAGUUUCUUAUUACUAACUGUGUGGAGCGAUGGUCCCUGCAAGGCGGACCGUGGCGAAGUGCAGCACCCCUGCCUUUGCCUUUGGCCCAUCACAGCGUGGUCAGGAUGAAAGAUUGUCUUUAUGUGUUAGGAGGGCGAACCCCACAGUCAUACCGGAUGGAUGAUGAGCCAGACCGCCUUAAUAACCGCCUUCUGGAAUAUGAUCCAAACACAAACAAGUGGACAGAACUAAGUCCCAUGAAGUACUCAAAGUACCGCUGCAGUGCUGUGGUACUCCAUGGUGAAAUUUAUGUGAUGGGAGGCAUUGGGUGUGAAGGUGUAGAUCGUGGCCAGUCACGGCAUUGCCUUAGUGCUGUGGAAAUCUACAACCCAGAUGGAGAUUACUGGAGGGAUGGACCUCCUCUCCCAUGUGCACAACUCUCACUACGCACCAAUGCCUCUAAUGCAGGAGCAGUGGGAGGCAAGAUUUAUGUUUGCGGAUACUACAAAGGAGCAGAUCGUCAUGAUGAUAUAACCAAGGAUAUUUUGGAGCUGGACCCAUGGGAGAACAGGUGGACAGUGGUGGCUCGGUGCGCUCUGAUGCAUGACAACUACGACGUCUGCUUAGUGGCAAAUCUCAACCCCAGGGGACUCAUGUCUCCACCUGCAGACUAA